AUGUUAAAAUAUUUAAGAGUACGUAUUCCAGACUAUGCUGAUCGACAGUUACAUAGUAUCAUUAUUAUCUUAUAUUUAUAGGUUCUAUUGAUAUAUUGGAUUUAUAUUCUGUUAUUAUUCGAGAUCAUUAAAUUGAAGAUUAACUCAAACAUAUUUUAGUUAAAGACACUUAUGAGUAAAAAUAAUCAUAUAAAUUUAGAUUUGAAACCAUUUUUAAAUCAAACAUAACUAAUAUGGAAAUAUACACACAAUUAAUUCAAUAAAAUGUUGAUGCUUUUAUUGAUAUACAAUCUUUUAGAUUUUUACUGAAAGGAGAUAUUAAAAGUGGAAGAACUCAUUGUUUAAUAGGUACUCCAUAAGAUCCAGGCUUAUUAUUAAUAUUUACUGGACAUAUUUUUUAUCGAUUAGAAGAAUUAAAAAAGCUUGAAAAGAAUGAUACUUUUGAAAAUAGAUUUAACUAUAAAAUGUUUGUAUAAUUUAUAUGAAAAUUAAGCUAAAAUGUUACAUAAGAGAAAAUAAUCAUUAUUAUGAUUUACUAACGAAUUGUAAAGAACCUUUGAUUGAUUUUGAAAGCGUCAUUACAUUUGAUUCACAACUAGCAUUUUUAAAAUUACUUAGAAUCAUUCUCAAAAACAAUGAUUAAAGAGUAUAUACUACUUUUAUUAAGUGUUUAGAAAUUUGCAACAGCUAAAGAAUAUCAUAACUAUUAAUAAAAUUAAGGUUCUUUUAGAUUAGGUUAAGUUACCUUUGAUUUUAUACUUGAAAAAACUUCAACAACUUGGUAUGGAGUCUAAGAAAUUAAAAGUGCCCAUUUUAAAUUUGAAAUUAUAGAUCUUUAAACUCCAAUUAAUUUAUAUGAUUAAGAUAGAGUAAUAUACUUUAUAAAUCCUGCCUUAAAAUAUCAAAAUAGUACUAAAAUGAUCCUUAGGGAUUCUAAGUUUGCUAAAGUUUUUAAAUAGGCUGAUAAAAUAGAUAUUUAAAUAAUUAAGAAUAAAUUCAAUUUUAGUAAUAAUUCAAAUGACUUUAGUUUUAAGAUCAAUAAAAAUUAUUAAAAAUAGAGAUAUAUUAUUUCAGUUAUAAUUUUUAUUCAAAUAGUUUAGGAAAGAAAUUGAAAAGCUAAAUAUGAUGUUAGAUUUAAAGAUAGAUAUAAUUGAAUAAGUCUAAUCAUAAUUAAAAUUAGAUAUUUAGGCAAUAGGAAAAGUCAUUACGUCAGUUGAUAUUAGAGUACAUAUUUAUAUUAAAUUUGAGGAAUUUCUAUUGUCUAAGUUUUUACUUUAUUAGGUAAGUGAAUCUUUUGAUAUUUGUUUGCCAUUCUAAAAAAAAAUUGAAGGAAUUUUAGUAAAAAUUAAAAAAAUUAAAAAAUAAAAGUUCUUAUUAUCUGCUGAUUAUAAUGAUACUAGUUUAGAAACAAGAGUAUUUAAGGAUAUAAAAAGAAAUCUUUAAGAUAUUCUUAAUUUCAUAAAAGAUUAAGUUUACACUGAAUAGCAUAGAGCUUUAAAUUAUUAAACAAUAAAAAAUUAUAUUUAGGAAGAUUUUAUUUAAUAAUUACCAGAAGUUUAAAUAGAAGAUAUAAUCUAAACUGAACUAACAUAGUAAAGUACAAAUUCUUAGUUGCCUUAACUUGAAAAAAAACAUCAUAGAUCAAAAUAGAAUUCUCUAUUCAUUGAAAAAUUUAAGAAUAGUGAAAAUGUGUUUAGUAUUGAUCAAAUUUUAAAUAUAAUCAAACAAACAGCAAGAUCUCAUUAAGGUAUAUCAACUGUUAGAAAUCAUAUACCGCCUUUAAAAACAGACAAAUGUAGUUUACAAUAAUCAACUAAAUAAUAAUUAAAAUUAAUAAAAAUUGAUACAACCCCGAGAGGUGUAACUUUAUAAAGUCCAAUAUUUAUAAAUUUAGAUAAUGAUAAAACUUCUUAGAUGAUUUAGAAAUAAAAAGAAUUCAAAUGCCCUGAAGAUUAUAAAAAAUUAAAUUGUAUCAUGAACAAUAAUUCAAAGAUUUUGAAUACAAUGAGUUAAUUAAAUAAUGAUUAACUAUAAAACAGUGUUGUGUCUUCUGAAGAAAUAAUUAAAGGGUUUCAAAAUAAAGUAAAACUGAAUAAAUGUAAAAUAAAUAUUUAUUUAUUAGAAUAAUCUUUGUAUAAAAUGCCUAAUCUUUCUAUUAAUUAUUUAAAUUGUUUAGAAAGAAUGGUUAAUUUAGAAAUAAAAAGUAAACAAUGA